AUGCCGCGCCGGGUGGUUGCGUCGGGACGGUCUUGUCUCGAAUGCCGUCGCCGCAAGAUCAAAUGUGACCGAUCCCUGCCAUGUGCAUACUGCAUCCGCACACGCAUAGAGUGCACGUAUCCACCAAGACCAGCAGACAAAGAAGCCGUAUCUUCCGAUCAAAGCCCCCUCUUGGCUCGCGUAGAGAGACUGGAGGGCAUCCUGCAGUCCCUGCAAUCUGACCUCGCGCAAGUCCGCCAUCGUCUGCCGAUUAGCUCCGACAACUUCCAAGAACAGGAAGGCGACCAUGUUGGCUCUGUAAGCCUCCUUUACACAUUAACAGUUCUGAAGGCUGUAGCAUCCCAUCCUCCUCGGUCCUUCGAUCGGCGUUUGGGGCACUCGUUCCCGUUCCAUCUGGGUCCUUCACUACCACUGGGGCCCCUACAUCCGUCUCACCUUGUGAUAUCGACCAUCUGGCAGACAUACCUGGACGUGGUAGACCCGGUUCUCAAGUUAUUCCAUGUCCCGACUGUUCAGCGCCAUGUCUUCAGCCUCAUUCGCGGUCAACCAGUGCUCAAUCCCCCCACAGAAUGCUUAAUGUUUGCAAUCUACUACUCUACCGUCGUGGCCAUGUCUGCGGCAGAGUGUCAAAGCGAGUUUCACGAGGAUAGGACAACGCUACUGAGCCGGUAUCGGAUGGGAGUCGAGCAUGCUCUUCUGAAAGCGAAUUUCCUGAAUUCGAUGGACAUGAUGGUUCUACAAGCGUUCAGCCUCUACUUGAUCUGCGGCAGACGCGAUGAGUAUAGACCCGACGUUUGCGCGCUCAUCGGCGUUGCCAUUGGGACCGCUAUGAAAAUCGGGCUUCAUUCUGAUGGAGCGGCUACGGGACUCCCUCCGUUCGAAGUGGAAAUGCGACGCCGGCUCUGGUGGCAGAUUUGCACACUGGACGUCCGCACUGCCGAGGAUCAUGGCUUGGAGCCUAGCAUUAUGGAGUCCGCGUUCACCACCAAACUUCCCUCCAACGUCAAUGACGCCAGCCUGGAUCCAUACAUGAGCGAACUCCCCCAGGCUCAACCGGGACGGACGGAGAUGCUGUUUAGUCUUGCCCGGUUUGAAGUAAGCCGCUUUGCACGGAGGGUGGUGUUUUCGGAUAGGUUCUGUACCAGCAACUCCUACCCUAUCUUGAAUGAGGCGCAGAAGUGCAAGGCAAUUGACCGGUUCAGAGAGCACAUAGAGCAACAGUACCUGGCAUACUGUGACAAAGGAGUACCACUGGACUGCGUCACCGCUGCCAUCACUCGUCUCAUCCUGGUCAAGUUGAAACUGGCUGUAUGCAAGCCACUCAGGGAUCGGAAACCGGUACCGCCUGGGCGGAGCAACUACGGCAAAGUCUGUGAGGAUGUCCUCCACCAUGCGUCCAGAUUGCGACACUAUGAAAGAGGGACGCGGUGGGUGUGGCUGUUUCAGACCUACGUCGAAUGGGACGCGCUGGCCUAUCUUCUGCUGGAGCUCUGUCUCGCGCCCUCGUGGGACCCGUCGCGCACAGCGUGGAAGGAGGCAGACGAGGUCUAUCACCACUGGAACAAUGACCCGGACAUCGGCCGUGAUCGUCGCUGGCGGCACAUUGAAGAACUUCGAGCCCAAGCAUUGACUGUCCGGGAGCGGUUGCAGUCACCUAAUUCUCCCAACAGCCCUGAGCGGUCUGAUCUUCAUGCCACAGUGGUCGCCGAUGGCCCAGUCCACAACACUGGUAUUCCUCAGGUGUCCAGCUCAACCAAAAACACCGAGGAGUGCUCGUCCCUUGUGUCAGCCAUUCAAAGAGCAGAAUGUAAUCUGUCCAUUGAACAGGCAUCUCCAAUGUGCGGGCUUACCAGUGUAGGCGCAGAGACCGCUGCAGCCCCGUUGGCUCCUAAUGCCAUUUCCUCAAGCAGUGCCGAGUUACCAGGCAGAGGGACUGCCUGCGAGUGGAGUGCCGAGCUUUUCGAGCAGUAUUGGCAGGUUGCCGAGCCAGGGCAACGCAAUUCCGGAUGGUGGCCGUAG